ACGUAAUGUCAAAAGAGAACUACGAAUGCAUAUACGAAUGGAAAUCACGAAAAUGUAUCGUGGAUUUUUGAUACGGAAAGCGUGAAAUUUAUAUUAUAUAGAUUAUUAAAUAAAAUAGUUCCUAGGAAAUAUAAUUCAAAAUGUUAAUUGAUUCGGCGUAUGUGUGUUUAGUGUACUUUUGCUCUUCAGUACUAUUAGUUCUCGCUGGUCGGGAUUAUUAUCAAAUUCUUGGUGUGUCACGUUCAGCCAGCACAAAUGAAAUCAAGAAAGCUUACAGAAAGUUAGCAAAGGAAUUGCAUCCGGACAAGAAUCAAGAUGAUCCAGAUGCAUCUCAAAAGUUCCAAGACCUCGGAGCGGCGUACGAAGCUCUGGCGGACUCCGAGAAGAGGGAACUCUACGAUAGGUGCGGCGAGGAAUGUCUUAAGAAAGAUGGCAUGAUGAACAAUAAUGAUCCUUUCGCUAGUUUCUUCGGUGACUUUGGCUUCCAGUUUGGUGGCGAGCCGCAACACCACGAGACUCCGCGAGGGGCGGAUAUCGUUAUGGAAAUCACUGUCUCUUUAGAAGAGCUGUAUAAUGGAAACUUCAUUGAAAUAACUCGCAACAAACCAGUUAUCAAACCAGCACCAGGCACUCGCAAAUGCAACUGCAGGCAAGAGAUGGUGACCAGGAACCUGGGGCCUGGCCGCUUCCAGAUGAUGCAGCAAACUGUGUGUGAUGAGUGCCCUAAUGUUAAACUAGUCAAUGAAGAAAGGCUGCUCGAGAUAGAGGUUGAAGUUGGUGCUCCUGAUAAUCAUAAGUCUAGAUUAAGAGGGGAAGGUGAACCCCAUAUGGAUGGAGACCCGGGCGACUUGGUGUUUGUGUUCAAAACUGAGAGACAUCCACAAUACACACGACGAGGAGACGAUUUAUACACAAAUGUUACAAUUUCAUUACAGGAUGCAUUGACUGGGUUCACUCUGGAACUGGUUCAUUUGGACGGACACAAGGUGUCGGUGUCUCGCGACAAGGUGACGUGGGCGGGCGCGCGCGUGCGCAAGAAGGGCGAGGGCAUGCCCAACUUUGAGAACAACAACCUGCAUGGAAACCUCUAUGUCACCUUUGACAUUGAAUUCCCCAAAAAAGACUUCAGCGAUGAUGAGAAAGAAGCAUUGAAGAAAAUAUUACAACAGUCACCAAAUAAUAAAGUAUACAAUGGACUAUAGUAUAUAGUGACUGCAAGUUUAUUUAUUUAAGUAGUGAAAUGAGUGUGACUGUGUGAACAGAUUUAUGUUUGGGAAUGAAUUGUGUUGCUUGUGACGUGAACAUCGUAAUAUUAAUAAAAUGCACAUUCAUAGUGUGAUUUUUUUGUAAAAUUUAUAAUGAUCAUUACCAAUGUCAAAACCAUAGAAUAAAACAAACAUAUUGUUUCAUUUGAACAUUCAUAUAAUUUGAAAUAAUUCUGUGAUCUUAUAAUAAAGGAAAAACAGCCUUUCAAUUACAAGUAAUAAA